AAUAAAUAUGAUGUGUUUGAAAGUCCUGUCUACUUCUCUCUCCCAAACCCGUUAUAGGUUUCAUAUCAAGAGUUUUUCUCAUGUCAUUCAUGGAUUUUUGUUUUGCUUUCUGCCCAGUUGCUUUUGCAAUCCGUUUGCCUUACUAAGACACGCAUGAGCAUUCUGAGAAUUCAACUGGUCGAUACACUGCAAUUAAAUAGGAGCUUUCAUAUUUUAGGACUUGCUGGAAAAUGAGCAUUCAACCUUGUGCAGGGUGAAAAUCAAGCAAAUCGAGCUAGUGCAAUGUCUUUACGAGUCUGUCCAGCUACUAAACUAACUGACGGACACCAUAAUCAACAGCUUGAGAGUGCUUGCCACAUCCCGGAUGCUCGUGCUGACCACAGAUGUUUCACUAAUGAGGACUGUGGCAUCGAUUCAACCACCUGCCGAAGAAGAUCUUGCAGCAUGGCUGGCUAUUGUGGCCUAUGGUUGAUUUAGAACCCAGAAUAUAACCCAAAUUCUUUUUCCAACGAUGAAAUAAAUGCUAAACCCGUGAUUCAACAAAGCCUGCUUGCAACUAUUGUUAGUCUGGCAGAUGUAUAAUCUAUAACCCAGUUAGAAAAAGAUAUACUGGAAGGGGAAAGAAUUGAUAUAUGUUGUAGAAAUUCUUGUAAUUUAAUUCAACUUUGUAAUUUUGUAUUUACAAAUUUUGGUUGAUAACAUUUAGAAUAAAUAUGCUGUGUAGCUUGGAGUACAAAACUUACA